AUGGUCUCCGGCAGGGGUAUUGAGACUGCUGCAGGCAUCACUUUCGUGGCAACUGAAGGCCGCCUGGCAAUGGUUCAAGUUGCCGUGCGAUCAUUGUGCCAGCGCCUAUGGUCAGGACAACUGCGCAUCCCUUCAGCCAUGCUCAUCACAGAUGAGCAAAAGCAACCGACGGAGAAGAAGCAGAUCUGGGAACAAGCAAAUGAACGAAGGGACGGUGUCAGGAAGACAGUAGGAAGCUGUCGCGUCGGUCCACAUCAGGACGUAUGGGCCUCUUGUGGAGCGCAAUGCCACGGCAUCAUCGUAAAAACACGUUGCGCACUGUGGAAAAGCAUGGGACUGCGCCCUGUAUGGCGACGCAUCGCGGACUUCGGCGGUUUGCAAACGUCAACUGCAGAGGUGGCAGAUGGUGUCUGCGUCGCAAUGUCGCAGGUGCUGACCUCUCGGUCCGACGGCGCAACGCCUGCCAACAGUCAACGAGAACGCCGCUUCGCAGCUGAGACCUCCAUCGCUCCUUCCUCACUCCAGCUGCCCCUCAGCUGCCCCUCAGACCGUCGCUAUGCAAAAAAACGACGCACCUCCCGCUUACCCGAAUGAGCCUCCGCAAGCAUAUCGCGGAGAUCAGACCCAAGUAGGCUACUACAAUAACCAGGCGCCCAACAACGACUACUACCAAGGCUCGCCCAAUCCAUACCAGCAAGGCCAGGGCUAUGGCCCACCGCAAGGCCAGUACGGCCCGCCACAAGGCCAAUAUGGUCCACCAGGGGGGCAGUAUGGCCAGCCACAACAACAAAUGCACUACCAACAAGGCCCGCCACCCCAGGGCAUGUACCCGCAACAACAACAGAAGGGUGGCGCGGGAGGAGGCCUCUUCGCCGGUCUCUGCGCGGGUCUGGCAUGCUGCUGCUGUCUAGACUGCCUGUUCUAGACGGAGAGGUGAAGAGGACAAAGCGGUGAGCAAGACGCGGCGAUAGUCGCAGAGGUGUUGCUGCAGCCCAAGGCCGAUGUUUGUGGAUGGCCCAUCGAAUUGUAUUUUCCUGGUUUUUCGAGACCCCCACCGGUAACGCGUACUCGCCUGUAUCUUUCUAUAGAAUACCUACUAAUCUCCUAUGUAUGACUAUAAU